GGACAGCAGCUCUUGUGCCAGGAGAGAUCCUGGGAGAGAUCCCACAUUCCUGCAUUUCAGGUGCUACAGCAGUGUCCCUAAAGCAUCUGCUUCAAAGGUUUUCCCUCCAUCCCAGGUAUUUGAAGGUUGCUUUGCUUCAUAUUCCAUUGACACCAGGAAGUUUUCCAAGGCAGUGUUUGGGCAGCUCUCACCAAACAAGUCUCAGGUGUCACUGCAGAGCUCUGUAAACAAAGGCAAGGCCUCAUUUGGCACAGACCACAGGGGAUGGCCAAGGUUGGAGAGGGGGAGUGGGCAUGGAGGGGCCUGGUGUCCUGGGAAGGGAAUGGAGCUGGGGAAGGAAGGGGCUGGAGCACCAGGAGCAGCUGAGGGAGCUGGGAAGGGGCUCAGCCUGGAGAAAAGGGGCUCAGGGGAGUCCUUGUGGCUCUGCACAGCUCCUGACAGGAGGGGACAGCCGGGGGAGUCAGGCUCUGCUCCCAGGGAACAGGGACAGGAGGAGAGGGAACGGCCUCAGGCUGGGCCAGGGGAGGCUCAGGGUUGGAUAUUGGGAACAUUGUUCAUGGAAAGGUGUUCAGGUGUUGGCACAGGCUGUGCAGGAUGGUGGUGGAGUCCCCAUCCCUGGAAGUGUUCAAAAACACCUGUGGGAGUGGCACCUGUAGGGCAAACAUGGCACUGCUGGGGGAAUGGUUGGACUCUGGUCUUGGAGGGCCUUUCCAGGCUCAGUGAUUCUGUGAUUCUCUGACAGCAGAAGGGCUGGCAGGGGUUGCCCCUGGAAGAGGAAGUUUCCUCUUGGCUGUGUGGCUUUAGAACUGGAAUGUUCCUGGUUUUAUCUGAACCUUCUUUGAACCGACCAAGGCUCAAGUUACCAAUAUCAAAGUGUGUGUUCCUCAUUCCUGCAAGAAACUUAAUAGCAGCUACUGUGUCCACUGUGUGUCUGCUCACAGGCAGAGACAAAUAAAAUUUGUCCUCUGUCCUCCAAAUAAAUUCACUGGGAUCCUGGAAAGGACAUCAGCACAUGGGAAUGCUGGAAAUAUUUCCUGAGGUGAGGCUGUGCUCUGGGUAAAACCAUGGAGUGUUCAGGAGGCAGCAGUGAUUUUGUAAUAGCACCAGUGCUCUGAAAGUGAGAGGUGCUCAGGAAACAAGGAAAAUUUAGCCAGAAGAGCAAGGAAAGAGCACGAGGAUGGGAUCAGUGGAUGCCAUCAGUGACUGGAGAAGUCCAGGUUGGUCAGGAGGGGAGAGAUCCAGCUGGAAACUGAGUCAGGAAAAGGAAGGCACAACUUACCUGUGGCUCAGACUGAUAAAGAAGGUGAAUAAGCUCCAAGAAUUGCCUGUCUUCGUCUCCCUGUAGGCGGAGCCCCCGGUACCGGCGGACACCAUCCGGCGCUGGCUGCGCGCCGAGGGCGCCGACCCCGCCGCCCCGGCCGAGGAGCAGCUGGAUCUGGCCUGGAGGCUUCUGCGGCGAGCGGAGACCCGGCUGGGCGAGCUGGAGCGGCGGCGGGCCCAGGACAUGAGAGACGUAAGGGCCGGAGAGCGGGCCCGGCUGCGGCCUGUGCAGGGGAGGCAUCGGGCUGGAGCCCCAGGAUGGGGUGGAAAGCUACGUGGGCCACGUCCGUGCCCUGACAGAAGAGAGGGAUGCCAUUGCCUCUGAGUAUGAGAAGGAGAACGAGCAGCUCAGGUUGGAGCUGGCCCAGCUACAGCUGCAGCAGGAAAGCCAGCUGAAGGAGGUGGAGGAGAUGCUGGAGCAGGAAGGGUUGUCCCAGAUCUCCUGCAGUGCUGCCAGUGAACAGGUCGCGUAUCUCCUGGUGGAGCGGGCGGCGCUGCUGGGAAGGCUGGAAGUGGCAGCCCAGCAGCUGGGAUCCCACAGCAGGAUUGAUGGGCUCCAGUUCUGCAGGGAGGAGCUGGAGGGGGAGCAAGCAUUGCCUGCAGGAGAUGUGGGAGAUCUGGAUGAGGCCCCACAGAGGCUGGUGGUGUCCCAGGAGGAGAUCCAGGGGGUGGCAGAAGGGCUGGAGGCACAAAGCAAAGAGCAGAGUGGAGCAGACAGGGCUGAGCUCCAGAGGGCCAUGGAGCACAACAGCCGGCUGGACAAGGAGAUCCUGGCACUGCGGGCGCGCGUCCAGACGCUCGACCUGGAGAGGAAAGCCUUCCUGGAGCUGGUGGAGCAGCUCAAGGAGGAGAUCUGUGAGUACCAGCGGAGCGAGAGGCCGGAGCCGCCAGCGGCAGAGGGACUUGGAGUGGCCUCACUGCAGGCACAGGGCACACAGGAAGAAGCAGGAGCUGAUGGAGACCCUGGUGCCAGCAGAGCUGCCCCACAUCAGGAACAUGGAGAUCAGGGUGUGGAAACCCUGCACAAAAGGUGCCGGGAAGCCAUGGAGAGUGUGGAGGGCAGGAAUUCCCAGCUCCUCCACAAGCUGCAAAAACUGGAGCAGGAACAAGAGGGUUCCAGUGAGAAGCUGGAAUCAAUCCUGGGAGAGACACAGAUCCAAAGCAAGCAAGAGAAGCAGCAGCUGGAGAGCAAGGUGGAGGGACUGCACCAGAAAAUCACCACUUUGGAAACAGAGUUGUUUGAGGUGCAGAAGAACAAAAGUGAGACGAAUGGGAGCGAGCAGGUGCCAUCUGGAGCUCAGGAGAUGCAGGAGAUGUUGGAAAGCUGUCAGGAAACAAUAGACAAGUUGGGAAGUCAGCUGGGAGAGAGGAGAGAACGGAGAAAGCAGCUGGCAUCUGAGCUGGAGCUGCUGAGGGAGGAUUUGAAAGCUGAGAAGGUUCUGGGCAGCCAGGGUUUGCCUGACUCCCACUCAGAGCUCACAGGCCACAUAAACACCUUCCCAGGUCUCCAGAGAGCAUCAGCCAGCAGGGAUCUUGUGGAUGUAUCCCACGAGAAGCCCCACAAAGACAGUGCUUUGCUAGAUCCAGAGGCCUCUGAAGUCCUGCAGGACAGAGAGCAGAGUCCCAAAGUGGAGCAGAAACAGGAAGAUCCCUGUGCAGAUGCAAAGUCCUACGAGGAACAGAUGGCUAAAGUAGUGUUUUUGGAAGAGCAGAUCAAAAACCUGAGGGAAGAACAAGAAGUGCUCUGCUCUGAAUUACUAGAGAGCAACAAGAAGAAGGAGGAGCUGGAGAAGCAGCUCAAGGAGAGCAGUGAAGAGAAGAGGCUGUUGCUUGAAGAAAUUGCCCAGCUCAGACGUGACAUGCAGAGUGCCUGGGAGCAGGGCCCCAGUGGAGACAUCAGGAGGAUGACCCCAGGCUUGGAGCAGAGGGAGAGCAGGUUUCUCCCAUGGCAGAGCUCUGCAGGCAGUUUAGAGGGGAGCCUUAAACAGGGUCUGUCUGAGGAGAGGUUCCAGCAGCAGGAGGAGAAGCUGCAGCAGCUGCGCCAGGACCUGCGGCGGGUGCAGAACCUGUGCAGCUCCGCCGAGAGGGAGCUCAGGUAUGAGAGGGAGAAGAAUGCUGACCUCCAGAGGCAAAAUCUGCUGCUCCAGCAGGAAUGCACCAAGGUCAAAGCUGAGCUGAAGCAGGCCCGGGCCAAACUCUCAGAGACCACAGAAACAUGUUCCUCCCUCUCAGCACAGUGGGACAGGAGCCAGCAGAAGGUCAAGGAGCUGGAGCUGGAGCUCUCCAAGUGCUCCCAGGCUGAUAAGCUUAGGAGCAGCCUCCAGGAGAGGCUGGCCCAGGAGAAAUCCAGAGCAGGAGAAGCACAAAAGAAGGUCUCAAAACUGCAGCAAAAGCUGAAGGACUCCCAGCACCAGCUGCUGCUGGCAGAGGCCCGUGCUUCUGACAAGAAGCUUCUGGAAGAGCAGCUGAAGGAAGCUCGGGAGAGUGAAGCUCGAGUGCAGCAGGAACUUCAUGAGGAGCAGCUGAAAAGGAGGCUCCUGGAGCAGCAGGUGGAGGAGCUGAGGCAGCAGCUCCGGCACUCCCGGGAGACCGAGGCGUCGCUGGCCAAGAUGCACGUGGAGCUGCAGGCCAAGACCCUGCAUGUCCUGGAGGAUGAGAAGAAGCUGGAUGCUGGGGAGCAUGUGCAGUGCCAGAGGGAGAAUCAGAAGCUCUCGGAGCAGCUGGUGCUGCUGAAGGAGGAGAACAAAGCCCUGUAUGAGGAAGGUGUCAGACUCCUGAACCAGAAGGAUCUCUAUGUCAGGAAAUACAACGAGAUGCAGCUCAGGCACAAGGACAAGAUCCGCAGGGCCAAGGAGACUUUCAUCCACGAGGUGAAACAGAGGGACAGCAGGAUCAAACAGCUGGAAAAUGAGCUCAGCGAGUCGAAACUCCAGGUGGAAAAGGGGAAGGUGCUGAUUGCCCAGAUCACUGCUGAGAAUGAAAAAUUACUCCAGGAGAGGCGACGGCUCCUGCAAAAAAUAUCAGACCAGGAGGAGUCCCCUUGGAGCCUCCGGUCUGGGAUUCCCUCCCUGCAGAGCAGAGGGAAGAGCCUGGAGGAGGAGAACGCCCGGCUGCAGGACAAGCUCCAGCUCUCCAGCCAUGGGGGCUUCUCCCAGCGCCUGGCCAGGGGCAGCCCUGCUCCCAGCACAGAGGACCUGAAGCUUGCUGCUGGCUCUGAACGCCACCCCCAGAGCAAGGUGCUGCCCCCUGCUCGUGCCAGCUUCCCACCCCGAGAUCUCCCAGAGCCCCUGGGUGUCCUGAAGGGCCUGCAGAGCACCAAGCCUGAGGGAGAGGCUGAGAGCCAGGAUUCCUCCUUCUGCCUGUCCCCCUCGCAGCCUUCAGAGAUUGGGUACCUGAACGUGGCCUCUCCUGGGGACAGCAGGGCCCCCACGGCCUCCCCUCUGCCCGAGCAGAGCCACAGCCUUGGCUCCCAGAGCUCCUGAGCUGGGAAUGCUGCUGCAGCCUGAGCUGAACUGCAGGCUUUGGGCUCCAGCAGAGCCUGCACAGAGAAAUGCCAAAUGGACUGAGCCUGUGAUUGCUGGGGUAUGUUCCCACUAAAGGAUUCCACUGCUUUUUGGUUUUGUUUUUUAUUUAACUUGCCCACCUGUAAAUGUGUGUGUGAUCCCAGAUCCACUGCAGGCUGGAAUUUGUAAAUAAACUGUACAGUGGUAGAGGGGGGGUGGGGUGAAGGGAGUCUUCCCUCAACCCUAAUCCCCUGUCCAGUCCAAAUCUAUAAAUUUUGUAAAUAAAACUGUCAGAAGUUCCCUUUUA